GGCCCGCGGACGCUGCCGAGGCCCCCAUGGAGGUGGAAGGAGUCGAGAACGAGGCGGACGCGGAGGACUCCAGCGAUAGCUUCGACGACGAGUGGGCGGAUCGCGCGCCCGUGGUGCGCUCGGCCGCGCUGCCCAGCAUUGCGGCGGCCCCCAGUCGCGAGACCCCUGCGGGGGGCGCGGCGGGAGUGGCGGCGGCGGCGCCGGGCGCCGUGGCGACGGCGACCGCGGGCCCCCGCUCUGGGCUGAUGGGGGCGUCGUCCGCGGGCCAUUCCGAGGCCCCUGCCGUCGCGGAGGCCGAGGGGCGAGCGGAACUGGUUGCGGCGCUCCGCCUCGCGUCGCCCCGCCCCCCGAUCCAGGCGCCCGACGGCGGCGACCUCCCGAUCCAGGUGCUCCGCGACCUGUUCGGGCGGCCGGCGCGGGCGCGGGCGCGGGCUGCGCGGAGUGACUGGGUGCGUAGGGCCGCGUUGCUCUGUGGUGCGCCGCGGGCGCGUGUGCUCGCGAAGUAAAGUCGGCGCUGCGUUUGAAAUUUAUUGCUCGCACGGGUUUCGGCCCUCGCGGAGAGGGUGAAUGUCCCCGCCGUAAUCCCGCGGCUGGAAGUGACCGUGCGCUUGCACGAGUACACGUACGAGUCAAACAGCCGAUUUCGACAUCACCCUCAGCAUCCACUCUGCCGAAACAUCUCCAAACUUGGCGUCGUGAGACCUGUGCGGUUAUCUUGUGUGCGCCUAUGAGUCUAGCGUGGAGAUGGCCGUUGGUUUUGCCGGCAACUCGAGACGACAUUUUUCUGAACCUCCAUGUUGGCCAAGUCCGUUCGGCACGGUUGUUAAUACGACAGACAACACGUUCCGAUGCGUGCCCUCGCGGCAAUCGUAUAGUUGUUCUUGUCCGCGCGGACCGAGCAUAUGCACGUAACAUAGCGUGUUCCAUAGUAUGGUGCGCCACUUUGCAGGAGGAUUUUCACACCAGCAUCCUGAAGGUGCGCUCACAA